AUGAUUGAUCAAAUCCUAAAGCAUGGCGAUGAUCGCAUCAUCACUCACUCUGUAAAACAAGAAAUUUUAUCCAUCCGCGUCCAAGCUGUUGUCUUGCAGUUGAAUCUCAAACAUUAUCCAGACAAAGAAACAAUCAAAGAGGCAGCAGUUUCAACCCAUGAGAUUAUUGGAUAUCUCUUAUGUGAUGAAAACCUUUCAGAUGGUAAGACGAUAGAUCCGACAGUCCGACUUGCAAACCGGCUGAGGGAACUAGUAGAGAGACUGGAGUCAACUGUUGGAGAUGUGGUGGACUUCGUUAAGGGUGGUAAGGACUCAGUCAGCAGCAUAACUGAUUCUCCCCCCGAUGUUUGUUCAUCAUCAAGAUCAGCAAUCGCAAGCAGCAAAGAUGAUGAUGAGGUGGUUGGUUUUCGACAAGAUCUGGCAGCUAUCAGUAUUCAGCUUUGCAAUAAAUCAUCCAGACUAAUGGUCUUCCCAAUUGUUGGAACCGGAGGCAUUGGUAAGACCACACUUGCUAAACUUGUUUAUAAUGAUUCAUUGAUUAGGAAAAACUUUAGUACUUGUGCUUGGGUUACAAUAUCACAAGAUCAUAGUGUAGAACGCAUUGUUCUAAAUCUUCUAGCUUCCAUAAAAGAAAUUUCAAAUGCUGAGAGCGACAUCCCUAUGGAAACCUUAAUCUGCGAGUACCUAAAAGGUCGAACGUAUCUUAUUGUAAUGGACGACAUGUGGAGUAAGAAAGCUUGGGAUGAUGUAAAGAGUUUGUUUCCUGAUGCUUGUAAUGGCAGUAGGAUCAUAGUAACCACAAAGGUGCAGGAUGUGGCUGCUUAUAAGGUGUUCGGAGAUAAAGACAUUCCUAUUGAAUUGGAAGAUAUUGGGAAGAAAAUUGUUCAAAAUUGCGGGGGACUCCCCCUUUCAAUCGUGAUGGUGGCAGGACUUUUAUCUAAGAUUCCGAUUCAAACUCGAUCCUCAUGGAAGCAAAUUGCUGCAAACGGCGGGCAGCUUGAAACAAUAAUUGGUUCGAGUUAUACCCAUUUACCUAAUCACUUGAAGCUGUGUCUUUUAUAUAUGGCUGGAUUUCCAGAGGAUCAGGAGAUUCGUGUUACAGAACUUGUUAAUCUUUGGAUAUCUGAAGGUUUUGUAACACUUUCAAAUGGAUCUAAAAGCUUGGAAGAGGGCGCAGAAGAUUGUUUGGAGGAUCUUGUCGAGAGAAGUCUAGUUUUGGUCACCAACAGGAAGUCUGAUGGGAAAAUAAAGAGUGACACUGAAGAAAGCACCGAAGAGGCCAUACAUGUCGUCAUAGAGCUCAAAAAGCUUUAUGAUAAGCUCCUUGGAAAAUGGAAGAAGCAAGGGCAGGAGCUUGAAAGUUCAAAGGACGAGAACACCAAGCUAAAAGCAUCAUUGGCGAAGCUUGAAGCAUUAGUUACUCAAAAGGAAGUCAAGCUCGAUCACAUCACAAACCAGCUUGACGAAGCUCAAGCUACCAUCAAGAAAUGA